GGCCUUGCAUAGCGUAUCACUAUCAUAGCAUCAGUCUUAUAAAACUUCGGAACUCUAGCACGGCGAUUCUCCUCGCAACAGCAAUUUAAUGUGAACACAUUGAGAUUGGAAAUAUGGCGGCGAUUAGGACGUCAAAACUUUGGCAGAAUGUUGCUCUACUUUUUCUGUUGGUAUGUUUAAUUGGACAAGCUCAGGGACAGGUCCUCACACCCACCCACAGGGAGGAGAAUGGAGAAGCCAGGAGGGAACAACACAUUCUAAUGAACAUACGCAAAGAGGUGACGGCCAUGGUGCAGAAGGUCCGUGAGGAAACAGUACUUCCCGCCAUAGCCAUGUAUAGCACACAGAUGUACGAAUUGUCCAAGAGUGUCGCCAACAUCUCUAACACAUUCACAAACCUAUCGGCACAGAUAGAGGACUUCCAAAAGGAAAUAAAUAACCGAAGUGUUGAGUUAACGUGUUCCGACGAAUCAUGGGUGUUGUUUGAUGAUCGUUGCUAUCAUUUUAGUACCUAUCAAAGUUCUUGGCAAGUAGCAAAGACAGCGUGUGGAAGAAUGGUCAAUGGUGGUAGAAUGGCUGAGGCGACAACGGAAGUAAUCAACGAUGUUCUCAAGAGGGAAGCCAGAACACGAGGCGACUCGUACUGGAUUGGAGGACAUGAUAUAAUUACGGAAGCUAGAUGGGAAUGGGACUCCACUGGCGCUAUAAUCGGGUACUACGACUGGGGGCCAGAUCAGCCCAACAAUGUCCGUCUAGGCCAGGACUGUCUGGAACUGCUGGCAAAGUUCCAGUGGAGAUGGAACGAUCGCGAGUGCGAGAACACAAAUCACUUCAUAUGUGAAACUGAAGCUCGGUACCGCAAAGUUAAUAAUUAACAUUUGUUAAGAGAUGCAUGUCCAAGACCUUGCCUCAUGUACAAACGCCAAAGAUAAGAUAGCUAUAUAUAUAUAUAUAUAUGUAUGUAUUUAUCCUUACCUUGCAAGAAUACGAGACAGACACCGAUCAUGAUCGGAUGUUUCCGUUUGUUUCCGUGAACAGUUUUCGGCAAUGGCUAUACAAAACACGUCAGGAUAUUGUUUGAAAUGAGGACUUCAUGGAUCUCAACUCCUAAAGGGAAAAGAAACAUUUUUUUCUACUCUAAAAGGAAUAAUUGAAUCUUCCCCAGUCUUGGAGGUGCUACUGAGAAAUCUCCAACCCGAGGGGUGAUUAUUUCGCGUCUAUCCCGGUGCUCUGUCGAGAACAACCAAAUAAACACCCCAAUGGGUUAAGAUUUCUUUAUUACAUUCCCAUGGUAGGGAUUAUUCUUUUUCUUCUAUCAUUCCAAUACUUUUGUAGAAACAAUAUUUUUUAUAAAACUGUGAACUGUAAUUAUGUUUUAUCAUGAUUCGCAUAUGACGUCUCCCGUCGAGAGCUGAUUGUGACGUCAUAUCUGAUGUUAUAAUAUUAUUUCUUUUGGGUUCAUAUCUGCCAACCCCAGGGCCGGGGCUGAUGGAAGAAUCAUGAACAGAUAAAACGGGAGAUAAUUCUGUAAAUGAUUGGAGAAGGCAGGUAGGCCGCUGGUCGGCCUUUUUUUCUAUCGGAUAUGAUUUUACCGACUGUUAAUUAUAUAAACGGCACCUGUCAAAAGUAUCUCGCCGUGUAAACCUGUAACACUGUUGAAGUAGUUUUCACCUUAGACUUUGCUACACACAAACAGUAUUAGAGUUAUAACGCCCAUAUUGCGAUGGCUAUACAUACCUGUACAUGUUAUCAUAUAUACAUAUAUACUUGGCAUGCUUUAUUGGAAAUCGUCGUGAAAGCAUACAUGUGGUGAAGGACAAAAAUAAUUGUAGAUUUGUAAAAUGCUUUAACUUGUACAUGUUUCGUCAACACCCCGAUUGCACGAGAAUCUCACACUAGUCGCAAUUCCUAAUCAUUUAGUGGACUUGUUGACAAAUUGAGAACUUCAGGGUAUUUUAAGUUUCAGCAUAUUUAUAAAUAUAUAUAUGUAUACGCACAUCUUGGAACAGUUUAUAUCGAAUAAACAUGCAGGUUUCUUGUAAUGGAAACUGUAACA